UUAAUACCUUUUUUAAUUUAGAAUUAUUUACAAAUCAGGAUUGAAUGUGGACCAGUAAAGCAACUCAAUCCCGACAAUGAACAGCUCCAACAAUGCCUACGUUGUCGACAAGAACAAGAGUGCCGUGCCUCAGGAAGAAUCUUAGAAUCAUGUAUGCCUCCUGAACAAGACCACUACCUGCCAAUCGCAAACGUCACAAGGAUCAUGCGUAACAUCUUACCAUCGGAAGCCAGAAUCUCUGAAGAGGCCAAAGAAAAUAUUCGAAUAUGCGCCACCGAGUAUAUUAGCUUUGUGACCGCUGAAGCUAACGAUAUUUGCCAAUCUGAGCGACGUACGACAAUAACUGCUGGCGAUAUCCUUUCGGCUAUGAGCAAGCCUGGGUUCGAAGAUUACGUUGGACCACUCAGUGUGUUCAUUAAUCGGUACCGUCACUUCGAGACCGAUCGUGGGUGUUGUUCACUAGGUGAGUCAUCGUUGUUUGAUCCGGCCUAUGGAAGAAGUGGUAUUGGGUUUCACGGUCCAUCACCUCAUGGCCCACCACCGCUUUGUCCACUACCUUAUGGCCCACUACUGCAUGGUCCUCCACCUCAUGGCCCACCUCCUCCGGUUCCUAAUGGAUUACGGUUUGUUGGAUCAGUCUAUGGUAAUGGGUGGUGGCGUUCGGUACUACCCAAACAGGUCGGGUCAGGAUGGAACUACUGGUGAUGGUGGAUCUUCAUCUUCUAUGACAGGAAUGCCGUUUUGUGACCAUUGUGGUCAGUACAAGUGAAGGUAAAAAUUUCUUGAUUCUCUGCAUCCUAUUUAAAUUACAUGUUGCAUGUUUACAUGUUUGAAUACAUAAUAAUUACGUCUAAUUAAGCAUUUAUGUUCUCUUUACCUAAAGAAAAAGAAAAAAAUAUAUAUUGUUGCAUCUUUGAAGAAAAGUCUUCGUUUCCAAAGUUCGAUUUCAAUACUUUUGACAACUGAUUUCAAAAUAAUUCAUUUGGGAGAUGGUAUAAAUCUGCAUUUUUGUUGAAAAAUAUAUUAGUUGGAAAUCGUAACUAAACAUAAUAUGUAAAGAUGCAACAAUAUAGUUUUUUUUUUCUUUAGAUAAAGCAAUUGGCAUUGAUAGAAGACUAGAAACACCCUCUUUAAAAGCCAACAUAUAGAACAUGUAAAGACUCUAGGAAUAUGUACAAACCACACUAUGUUAGGAAGCUAUAUUACUUAAAGACAACCUCAUAUUCUUAAGUAACCAAGGUUAAAAGUUUUAACUGUUGUUAAAUAACCUUGAUAAAGCAAUUGGCAUUGAUAGAAGACUAGAAAUACCCUCUUUAAA